UCAGAAUAUCGUAUUGUAAUAAUCGGCAAGACUGGAACUGGUAAAAGUAGUCUGGGUAACAGUAUAUUGUCGUAUAAAGAUGACGAAAACCGCCCUUUUCCAUCACAAACUUCAGCAAAUUCUGUAACUAAAACGUGUCAAAGGGGCUUUGUGUUCUUAAAACAUAAAAAAACAUCGUUAGUUGUCAUCGACACUCCUGGGCUGUUUGACACAAAUGUAGCCAAUGAUGAAACCAUCACCGAAAUCGUUAAAUGUGUUGCUUUAGCAGCUCCUGGUCCCAACUUGUUCUUAUUUGUACUGAGUCUUAAACGGUUAACCAAAGAAGAUAUCGAUUCAAUUGAACUGUUAAAAUCCACAUUUGGUAAAGAUGUCCUUAAAUAUGCGGCGGUAGUUUUUACUUGCAAGGAUGAAUUAGAGUAUAAAGAUAUACAGGAGUACAUUGAGGACAGUCAACAAUUCCUGAAAGAUUUGAUAUUUGAUUGUGGUGGUCGGCAUGCAGCUAUUUGUACCAAAAAGUCGAGAGCCAAAAAUUACAAAAAAGACGUUAAAGGCAUGCUUGAUUUAAUUACCCACAUCAUUGAAAGCCAUAGUUACAAAUUUUAUACAGCAGAGAUGUUCAAAGUUGCUGAUACCAUUUUAAAGAAAGAGGUUGAAACUCGAUCAGAGAAGGAACCCGAGAGAAUGAAGGAAGAGAUAAAA